GAAGAGUGGAUGCGUGUGAGUUAACGCAGCGAGCAGACGCGCACAGGUGAAAUAUUGUCCAGAGACUCUGGCAGUGGUAGAGACGAGCUGCUGCGAGGGUGAUAACAGAAGCAUGGUACAGCAGACGGAGAACUGCGAGACGGAGAGUUUGUCCAGAGAGGCGACCGACUCCGACGAGAGCGAGUUUAUGGCGUGCAGCCCGGUGCCCGGCUCCGAGAUGAACCCGGACUGGUGCCGGACAGCCACCGGCCACAUCAAACGGCCCAUGAACGCGUUUAUGGUGUGGUCCAAAAUCGAGCGGCGAAAGAUCAUGGAACAGUCGCCGGACAUGCACAACGCCGAGAUCUCCAAGCGCUUGGGCAAACGCUGGAAAAUGCUGAAGGACAGUGAAAAGAUCCCGUUCAUCCGUGAAGCCGAGCGGCUGCGCUUGAAGCACAUGGCAGACUAUCCUGACUACAAGUACCGUCCGAAGAAAAAACCAAAGCUGGACAAUAACUCGUCCAAAUCGGCGCUGUCUCCCGAAAAGUCUUGUGCAAAGAUGUCGAAAAGCGGCGGCGCCUCCAACAAGAAGUGUCCCAAACUGAAAACAAGCAAGUCUGGAAGCAAGUACGCGGAUGACUACGCGUAUAAGAGUGCCAAAGUGGCAAAAAUCGUGAAGAGUGAGUUCACGGAUGAUGAUGACGAUGACGACUACGACUACGAGGAGGACAGGACGAGAGCGCGCUUAAAGGACCUAGACGAGGAGGAGCAGACUCGCGCGUACGGCGCAGCUAAAGUUCCCGCCAGUCCCACGCUGAGCGCCGGCACAGACCCGGAGACCGCCAGUAUGUACGAGGACGCGACGCGGAGCUCAGCGCCACACGGCGCGCGCCUCUACUACAACUUCAAGAACAUCACCAAGCAGAGCGCGCCGUGCGCGUCUUCCUCCUCCUCUUCCUCAUCCUCCCCAGCCUCGGCGCGCUCCGUGUCCACAUCGUCCAGCUCGAGCGAGGACUCAGACGACCUGCUGUUCGAUUUUAGCCUCAAUUUGGCAGCGGCGUCGCAGUGCUCCGAGUCUGGCGGCCUCGCUUCAAAUCUCUCCCUCUCCCUAGUGGAUAAGGACUUGGACUCGUUCAGUGAAGGCAGCCUCGGCUCGCACUUUGAGUUCCCCGACUACUGUACACCCGAGCUGAGUGAAAUGAUCGCCGGCGACUGGCUCGAGAAAAACUUUUCCGACCUGGUGUUUACGUACUAAAACAAUAAUAAUGUACGGCUGAAGGAUUGAUAAAAAGAUGAAUUUCACGUGUCAUGUACACGUUUGUUUGUUGUGAUCCUCCAUCACCUUGUGGUGGUAGCCUGCUUAGCAGUUUUGGGGAAAGGAGAGAGAGAGAGAAAGGUUGGAGGAGUAUGAUGAGAUGCGUAUGAAGAACGGUACUGUAGCAAAGAGAGAAAGAUUGAGAGAGUUAGAGAGAGAGAGAGAGAGAGAGAGAAGAAAACGUAAAUGAAAACAGACUUUUUUUCUGGCAGCAUGACAGGGUUUUAAGGAUUUUUUUCUGUAGGUCUACAAUAUAUCGAUCGACUACAGUCGGGCCGCUAUGGGGAAAAAAAUCUGAGAACUUCUAUGCAUCUUUAACCCUCUUUAUAACUGCAGGGAGAUGAACGCAUUAAGACUGUGGACUGACUCGAAGCGAAUCUGUGAACUUUUUUUCACCGUUCAUUCAGGACGCCAACUUCAAAAAAAAAAAGAAAGAAAGAAAAAAAAAACACGAUCGUUUCUGUUCUUUCGAAAGGUCUUCUUUUACCGUUUUUUAUACCCGAUUCUCGUUUACUUACCGGUGUGAACCUUAAAGCAGCCUAUUUUAAUCCUCUCCGGAGUCGCAGGUGGCGGAGGACCCGUUUUGAUACAUAAACAGACCUCAUGUUUUUAAAAGAAAGCAAACUAUUUUCAGGCGUAUUUUUGUACAGUGCAAAAAAAAGGGAAUGUUCUUUACCGCGCGCUCAGUGAGUUUCAGGCACUUCUUUCCCACAUCAGUUUGUCUGAGCAUGCAAAAGCGAGUCCCAGAUCAAUUCAGACUCGACUCAGCAAUGCCUUGUGAUUUGAAGGGUUUUUUUUUUUUGUUGUUUUUUUUUUUUGUACAGUUGUAGAUCAGAUUCGUCCAGUAUUUGUAGAACAUAAUGGCAUUUGUGUGUGAGAGAGUGAAAGAGAGUGAAAGAGACGUACCUCCAUGCUGGUACUAGUUUCCAGAUUGUAUAUGUACUGUAAAAUAGUAAAAGUUAGGAGUUUAUGUAUAUCAUACUCGUGAUAUGUGGAUGGGUCCCAAAUCGCAGGUGUGAAACUGGAAUUUUUUGUUAUUAUUAUUAUUAUUAUUAUUUUUUACGGCACAUACUGUUUCCCCUUCAUUUUUUUUUUGUUUUGUUUGUGCAAUAUAUUUACUUGUAAAUGCAGACCAUCUACAUUUUUAUUGUAGCAAAUGGUGGCCAGGCAGACAUGUAGGGCUGUGAACAAUAUGAUCUGUCACCAUGCUGAAGUCUGUCUUUACAGUGAUAAGGAAAGUAAUCAGCUGGAACUGAUGGAAAAGAAAUUGAAAAUGACCACAUGACAUGAUGCAUUACUGUGGAAAAAAAAAUCAAAUAAAAUCAGUAUCCCUCUAAAAACAUUUGAUUUACUACAAGAAAGCUAUAGAAAACGACCCUGUUUUAAAAGAAAUAAGAAAAUUUGGCAGGUAUUGAUUGUAGGUGAGCUGGCUGAAAAAAUGUCAAGCAAGCAAAAAAAAAAAAAAAGAGAAAAA